GAUGGGAUAAUCCGGAUUCUCCACCAAUCGUUGCGCGCGGUGGGAAGCGGCGUGCUGUCGACGUGAGAGCGCCGCGGGCGGAACGAAGGGGGCACGGCCUUCCACAUUACAUCCAGGCCUGCAGAUGGACGCGGAAGGGUUUGGCGAGCUGCUGCAGCAGGCAGAGCAGCUGGCAGCCGAGACGGAAGGCAUCGCGGAGCUUCCUCACGUCGAACGCAAUCUCCAGGAGAUCCAACAGGCUGGGGAGCGCUUGCGUUCCCGGACCCUGACCCGCACCUCCCAAGAAACAGCAGACGUCAAGGCAUCAGUUCUUCUUGGAUCCAGAGGGCUCGAUAUAUCCCACAUAUCUCAGCGCUUGGAGAGUUUGAGCGCUGCCACAACAUUCGAACCUUUAGAGCCUGUAAAAGACACAGAUAUACAGGGAUUCCUAAAAAAUGAAAAGGAUAAUGCUUUGCUGUCUGCCAUUGAAGAGUCCAGGAAAAGGACCUUUGCUUUGGCGGAAGAAUAUCACCGAGAAUCAAUGUUGGUUGAAUGGGAACAGAUGAAGCAGCGGAUCCUUCAUACUCUGCUGGCUUCUGGAGAAGACAGUCUGGAUUUCACCCAGGAAAAUGAGGAUGGGGAAGUGGAAGGUCAUCCUGUCUGGGCAAUCAUUUACUAUUGUAUGCGAUGCGGGGACUUAAUGGCGGCCAUGCAAGUGGUGAACCUGGCUCAGCACCAGCUGGGAGAUUUCAAAACUUGGUUCCAGGAGUACAUGCACAGCAAAGACAAAAGGCUUUCUCCUGCCACCGAGAACAAAGUUCGCCUCCAUUAUAGACGGGCGCUGAGAAACAACACUGAUCCUUACAAAAGAACCGUGUAUUGUAUCAUAGGCCGGUGUGAUAUUGCCGAUAACCACAGUGAAGUGGCGGAUAAAACAGAGGAUUAUCUUUGGCUGAAGCUGAAUCAAGUAUGCUUUGACGAGACUAGUUCUAGUGCACCGCAAGACAGGCUGACUUUGUCCCAAUUCCAGAAACAACUGCUUGAAGAUUACGGCGAAUCACAUUUUGCCGUGAAUCAGCAGCCAUUCCUCUACUUCCAAGUCUUGUUCCUCACAGCCCAGUUCGAAGCUGCCAUCGCUUUCCUUUUCCGUACCGAACGUUUGCGUUGCCACGCUGUGCAUGUGGCCUUGGUUCUCUUUGAACUGAAGCUGUUGCUGAAAUCUUCUGGGCAGAGCGCACAACUCUUGAGCCAUGAGGCUGGUGACCCUCCGGCCACUCGGCGCCUGAAUUUUGUCCGACUUCUGAUGUUGUACACCCGCAAGUUUGAGUCGACAGAUCCCCGUGAAGCUUUGCAGUACUUCUAUUUUCUCAGGAACGAGAAGGACAGCCAAGGUGAAAACAUGUUCCUGCGUUGUGUGAGCGAGCUGGUGAUCGAGAGCCGAGAGUUUGACAUGAUUCUUGGAAAACUGGAGAACGAUGGCAGUAGAAAGCCUGGAGUUAUUGACAAGUUCACCAGAGACACCAAACCAAUUAUUAACAAAGUGGCCUCCGUAGCAGAAAGCAAGGGAUUGUUUGAAGAAGCCGCCAAACUUUAUGACCUUGCCAAGAUCAUCGAACAGCUAAAAUUAGUCCCACUGAGUCAGGAGUACGUGGAAGAACGAGUCGCAGCCUUCAGGCAUUUCAGCGAUGAAAUCAGGCACAAUUUGUCAGAGGUCCUCCUUGCCACGAUGAAUAUCUUGUUUACCCAGUAUAAGAGGUUGAAAUGUGCCAGCCCAGCCACGCCUGCUAGGCCCACCCGGGUCAUUGAGGACCGAGAUUCGCAACUCCGAUCUCAAGCUCGGGCACUCAUCACCUUUGCCGGAAUGAUCCCCUACAGAACGUCAGGGGACACCAACGCCCGUCUAGUACAGAUGGAGGUUCUCAUGAACUAGCUGGGCGGGGAAGCCAGCUAGCAGUGGAGGUUCUUUUGUGUACACAUUGAAAGGGUGAUGGUUAUGGGCCUCCAGUUUAAUUUUUGUUUGUUUUCCUUUUCUUUUUCCUUUUCUUUCUUUCUUUUUUUUUUUGUAUGCGUUUUUUGUCGACCACAAUAAAUUUCUUUGGAUUUA